GUUACUAGGUUUUAUUGAUGGAGGGUCGUUUCCGCAAACGCUGCUUCUGUUUCCUUCUUGUCCUCCACGCAAUGAGAGAAGGGAUGGUGGAGGCAGAGCGAAGCUGCAAUCCAUGGAUGAGUACAGAGCAACCGUCGAGAGUGGGAAUCGACGGGCACGAAUCUUCGAUUCUGGAGACUGAUGGACGGGUAUUCUCUGCGCCGGAGGCACAGCAAUCGAACGCUGCUUCUGAUUGGAAGUUGAGUUUCGGGGAGAGAGCUUUCUCUGCAGCCGGUGCCGCCUUUCUGUCUGCCACAACAGAAUGCCCUUGUAUGAUUUAUCAGACAAGGUUGCAAGCUCAGGCUGCUGGAGUUCCUUACUCUCAUCCACUGAGUAAUAUCAUAAGUCGUAUGGCAUACUUUGGACCAAAUAUGAUGUUUGCUGAUCUAAGGUGUUCUCCAUCAUGCGCACGAGCAGGAGUUCAUGGCACAGUAUCAAUAUGCCCUCCUGAUUGUUUUCAUUAUAAAGGAACUUUAGAUGUAUUCUACAAGAUCAUAAGGCAGGAGGGAUUCGCGAGGCUGUGGAGGGGCACAAAUGCAGGGCUGGCACUUGCUGUACCAACAGUGGGAAUCUACAUGCCUUUUUAUGACGUCUUUCGCAACUGGUUGGAGGAGUUCACUACCCAAAAUGCUCAAGCUGCAACACCAUAUGUCCCUCUUGUCGCAGGCUCAUUGGCACGUUCAUUAGCUUGUGCAAUUUGCUACCCUAUUGAACUUGCCAGAACACGCAUGCAGGCUUUUAAGGAUACCCAAAUCGGUAAGAAGCCUCCUGGAGUAUGGAGAACUUUAAGUGGGGUCAUCUCUAAUGUCAAUAGCUCAAAUAACUUGCAAAACCACAUGCCAGGCUACCGAAUCUUGUGGACUGGCAUGGGAGCACAACUUGCUCGUGACGUACCUUUCUCAGCCAUUUGCUGGUCAACUGCUGAACCGAUAAGGAGAAAACUUCUUGGUUUGGUUGGUGAGGAAGCCAAUGCAAUCAGUGUCCUUGGGGCAAAUUUUUCUGCUGGUUUUGUAGCUGGAAGCCUUGCUGCUGCUUGUACAUGUCCUUUAGAUGUUGCAAAAACUCGAAGGCAGAUAGAGAAGGAUCCUGCAAGGGCAUUGAGGAUGACAACACGACAAACAUUGCUGGAGAUAUGGAGAGAUGGAGGAUUGAGGAGACUUUUCACAGGAGUUGGCCCCCGUGUUGCUCGUGCGGGACCCUCAGUUGGGAUCGUGGUUUCGUUUUAUGAAGUAAUGAAAUAUGUUCUACAUCACCAGUUUGCAACUUCAUAAUACAAGGGUUUCCUUCUACACUUGGAACAAUGUUUGGUGAUGGCGUAGGGCAACACUUGACAUCAAAUAAAUAAAUAGAAGCUUUAACCCAAAUCACAUUUUGCACAGAUACCAUCAUACAUCUUUUUCUCUAGGGCUGCUAUUGCAGACUAGAUGUCCUUUUUUCCCCAAGCCCAGUUUUGCUGUUCUGUUUCCUUGUAAGUUAUUGCUCGAGAGCAGAGCAGAAAUUUUGUAUCUUUCUGAGUAAUUCUCUAAUAGAUCCUUUUUUUUUUCCCCUGA